UGGCAGUUUGAGAGCAACUGUCAGUGCGACUUAUCAGUAUUUGCAGUUUUAGAGCCACAAAUAACAGCUGUAAGUUAAGCACAGCUGUUUUCUUAUUCAAUCGAGCAUGCAUUGUAACGAAGUGGAUAGUUAUUUGUCUACGUAAUUGUUAAAUAAAGUAGAGAAAUAAUAUCGAAAUGUUUAAACCUUCUAAGCCGCAGAUACUACGCCUUUACAAGCAUCUAAUACGUUACGGUAAUCAAUUGCAACUUACAGACAAAAACUACUUCUUGGGUCGCAUACGACGCGAAUUCAGGGAGGGUCGUGAACUAAACGACCCAGUACAGAUUGCGUUCAAUUUCAAGCGUGGUGAAACGCUUUUGCGAAAAGGGCGCAUCCUUUAGAUUGUUGCUCAACAGUGGCAAUGUUGCAACGACUGAUAGGAAGAGUUGUCGCUCGUCACAAUGCAUUGCCCACCAGUAUAGUAGAGUCUAUAACUUGCUACCGCUGUAAAACAACUAACAGCAAAAUAGACUACUCAAAGUACCCAAAAUUAAAUGAGGAAGAUUUGGAGGAGGACUUCAUGCGCGGUAGUGGGCCAGGUGGGCAAUCGGUAAAUAAAACUUCCAACUGUGUAUUCUUACGUCACAUCCCAACAAACAUAACAAUUAAAUGUCACACACAUCGACUGGCUUCUAAAAACCGCAUAGAAGCGCGAAAACUCUUACUGGAAAAAUUGGAUGUUCAUUUUAAUGGCGAGAACGCAGUGGCAGCACAAUUGAAAAUUCUUGAAUCAAAAAAGUCAGCUGAACGUAAGCGUAGACAGCAAAAAUUAAAUGAAAUGAAAAAGAACUGGAAAGAACGGGAGCAAGCACUUAGUAACAGCGAGUAAAAGGCGUUUAAACGUUAUUCAUUAGUUAAGGUACAAAAAAAAUGUCUGUUAAUUUUUGAUCUUGUCAUUUUUAUAAAUAGGUAAUCUAAGCGUUUGUAUGAAUAAAGCUAAAUCUACCAUGUAGAAAAAUCCCCGAA